CUUCAUUCUCGUGCUGCUGCUGCUCUCUCGUGCUGCUGCCCUCUCGUGCUGCCCUCUCGUGCUGCUCUCUCGUGCUGCUGCUGCCCUCUCGUGCUGCUGCCCCCUCGUGCUGCUGCCCUCUCGUGCUGCUGCUGCCCUCUUGCGCUGCCCUCUCGCGCUGCCCUCUUGCUGCUGCCCUCUUGCUGCUGCCCUCUCGUGCUGCUGCCCUCUUGCUGCUGCCCCCUCGUGCUGCUCUCUCGUGCCGCCCUCUCGUGCUGCUGCUGCCCUCUCGUGCUGCUGCCCUCUCGUGCUGCCCCCUCGUGCUAACCCCUCUUGCUGCUGCUGCCCUCUCGUGCUGCCCCCUCGUGCUGCCCCCUUGCUGCUGCCCUCUCGCGCUGCCCUCACCAUAUCGCCACCGCUCUCUCACGACCACCCACCCCCCGCUGCUCCCACUCUGCAUGCUGAACUUCGUUCGCACCGUACACAGCCACACGUAACUCCCUCUCCCUCCCGUGCCUUGCACCCCCUCCAUGGGCGACCAAGAGGCGGCUCACGGGGCAGCAGCGGCAGGGGCAGCCCUGCCCCCCCUGCCCCCCGGUAGCGAGGAGGGUGGCUGCCCCCCGUGGCUGGAGGCGCUGCGGCGUCGCCUGCACGGCUGCGGGCAGCAGCACGCCCUGGCCUUCUGGGGCGAGCUGGCGGGCCCCCAACGGGAGGCCCUGGCACGGGAGCUGGCCGAGGCCGACUUGGAGGCCCUGCGGCCCUCGCUCCACAAGGCGGUGGCGGCCGGGCAGCCCGGGCAGCCGGGGCAGCCCGGGCAGCCCGGGGCAGCGCUCGAACCGCUGCCCGAAGAGUUGUGCGGCAGCAGCAUCGCGUCUGACCCCGAGAGCCUGAGAGACUGGGAGCAGCACGGUCUGCUGCAGGUUGCCGAGGGUCGCGUGGCCAUCGUGCUCCUGGCCGGGGGUCAGGGGACGCGUCUGGGCGUGCCCUACCCCAAGGGCCUCUACGACGUGGGGCUGCCCUCCCACAAGCCCCUGCUGCAGCUGCAGGCCCAGCGCAUCCUGCGACUGCAGCGGCUCGCCGAGGAGAGGCACGGCAAGCGGGGGGCCCUGCCCUGGUACAUCAUGACGUCGGGCCACACGCGGGAGCCCACGCUGGCGUUCCUGCGCGAGCACGGCUUCCUGGGGCUGUGCGAGGACGACGUUCGCCUCUUUGAGCAGCGACAGAUCCCGGCCCUGACCCCCGACGGCAAGGUCAUCCUGGAGACACGGGGACGCCUCGCCAGGGCUCCCGACGGUAACGGAGGUCUGUACCGCGCGCUGGGGGACAGCGGCGUGCUGGCCGACAUGGAGGCGCGCGGGGUGCGCUACGUGCACGCGUACUGUGUGGACAACGUCCUGGCCCGCGUGGGGGAUCCUCUCUUCCUGGGAUUCUGCGUCCGCAAGGGGGCAGACUGCGGGGCCAAGGUGGUGGAGAAGCAGUCCCCCGGCGAGGCGGUGGGCGUGCUGUGCCUGGCGGACGGCCGCGCCCGCGUGGUGGAGUACACGGAGCUGGGCGACGAGCAGGCCCGCGAGCGCGACCACUCGGGCAGGCUGCGUCUCCGCGCGGGCAACAUCUGCGUCCACCACUUCACCCUCGACUUCCUCAAGCUCGUCGUCAGGGAGUUUGAGCCCCAGCUGCCGUUCCACGUGGCUCACAAGAAGAUUGCGCACGUGGAUGAGAGCGGGAACCGGGUGGAGCCCACAAAACCAAACGGCAUCAAGAUGGAGAAGUUCGUGUUCGACGUCUUCCCCUUCGCCAAGAAGUUCGUGCAGUUUGAGGUUCGCCGCGAGGACGAGUUCUCUCCGCUCAAGAACUCGGACUCCGCCGGCGUCGACUGCCCCAGCUCCUCGCGGCGCCACCAGAUGGCUCUGCACUACCGGUGGAUCCAGGGGGCGGGUGGAAGGAUCGUGGACGAGCAAGGGAACGACGCUCCCAGCCCCGCGGAGGAGAGUGAGACGCCCACCAUCUGUGAGAUCUCCCCACUCAUCUCCUACAGCGGAGAGGGUCUGGAGUCGCACGUGAAGGGACGCACCUUCCGCUCCCCCGUCAUCCUCGGCGACCCCUGACCUCAGAAAUCCGCGGCAGCCUCCGGCCUCGCGCGUGACAAGGCGACGGGCUGCCAAACGCAGAAAAGCUUCAACCCCCCACCCACCCCCCCACCCUGGAUUUCACAUCUUGAGAAAACGAAGCGAGGAAUUCUUGAACGAGAGAGACACUUGCACAGAUUUUUCAAUCGUAUGCCUCCGCACAUUUCUAUUCACUCUUGAUUGUAAAGGGAAGGGGGUUUGCGGCGUAAUCUCGUCUCACGGAUACACGAGGUGACUUGGAGUGGCAUCUUAGGUUCGUACUGGCCGUGUCAGCGACGUUCUCCCAGCUCUACUGAGACCCUGGCAUCAAGCCCUGAGUCUGGGUGUCUCCGAGGGUCCAUGGUGGCCAUGUUAAGAGACGCAUUGAGCCAUCAGAGCUGGGACCACUGGGUUGGAAUCUACCUACCCAGCAGAGGUCGCAACCGGGUACCCGAUACCCGUACCCUACCCGAUACCCGGCUACCCGUACCCGGCCGGGUACGGGUAGCCGUUUGCGACCCUGGUGCGGCCGGGUACGUGUACGGGUAGGCCGUGAGUCACUGGUGAGUCACCGUUUGUCACUCAUUUCGGGUAGGUUACGGGUACGGGUAGGCCGUGAGUCACUGGUGAGUCACUGUUUGUCACUCAUUUCGGGUAGGGUACGGGUAGGGAAUGGGUACCCGUACCCGGCCGGGUACCCAUUCCCGACCGGGUACGGGUACCCAUUUGCGACCCUGGUGCGGCCGGGUACGGGUAAGGAAUCAAAACCCGUUUGCGAUCUCUGCUACUCAGCUAGCUGUGAUCAAACCAGGUUCUCGAAUGUUUGUUGAACAUCUUUCGCACCGUACGUAGCCAACGGGAGGUGCGGAGGGGGGGGG